AUGGGUAACACACCCUCAUUUGAUCCCGUCAGGGAAAUGUGCGUCCAAGUGGCGCCCGCCACUGAGAACUCAAGCUACACAGUGCGCCAUCGCAACUUCAAGGAUCGCCUCAUUGAGCUUCCUUUUGAGGAUGAACCCGACAUCAACACGGUCUGGAAGCUCUGGAAGCGUGGCUCGGUCAAGUUUGCCAAGAACGACUGCAUGGGUAUCCGCAGCUACCUGCCCAAUGGCAAGCGCGGCGAGUUUGAGUUUGAGACCUACGAGGAGAUUCAUGCCCAGGUUGAGCAGCUCGGCGGUGCCCUCGACAAGCUCGGUGUCAAGGCUGAGGAUGCCAUCGGUAUCUUCAGCAUUAACCGCCCCGAGUGGAUGAAGAGCUUCAUGGCCACCAUGCGCCAAGGCGCCAUCUGCGUGCCCCUCUACGAUACUCUUGGCCCUUCGGCCGUCACCUUUAUCCUCGGUGAUGCCGGUGUCGAAACCGUGUUCGUUUCCAAGGAAAACUUUGACACGCUAAUUGAGAAUGCCACUGAAGCCAAGUGCGUCAAGACGAUCAUCGUCUUUGACCCUGUUACAGACGAGAUGCGCAAGAAGGGCGAGGACGCUGGCUUCACAAUCUUUAGCAUGGAUGAGUUUGCCAAGACCUGCGACAAGCCCGGAGAGCCCGCGGAGCGAACCACCGAGGACUUGGUUUACUACAUGUACACGUCGGGAACCACUGGCAACCCCAAGGGUGUUCGCCUCUCCAACAAGAGCGUCCUCUCCAACGUCGGUGCCAUCAUCGGUAUCGGUAUCCGCCUCAAUGAGGAUGAUGUCUAUCUCAGUUACCUGCCCCUGGCCCAUUGCCUGGAAGCUCUGCUGCAGCUCACUGGUCUGGGCUUUGGUGCCUCCGUCGGCUUUUACCAAGGCAACAUUCGUCUUUUGACCGACGACAUCAUGACGCUGCGUCCCACCAUCUUUGCCGGUGUGCCCCGCGUGUACAGCCGCAUCUACGACAAGGUCCAGCAGACCGUCGAGGAAUCCGGCUGGGUCAAGAAGAGCAUUUUCGACACUGCCUACAAGAACCAGCUCGAGAAUGUCCGCAACGGCACCCGCAACCCAGUCUGGGACAGCUUGGUCUUCAACAAGACCAAGAUGCGCCUGGGCGGCCGCGUCCGCAUGAUGGCCACAGGCGCUGCCCCUAUGCCAGGCCAUCUUAUGGACUUUUUGAAGGUCGUCUUCUGCUGCGACGUGUUCCAAGGCUAUGGCAUGACUGAGAACGCCGCUGCCGCUUGCGUGACUCCCCUCGGCUAUCUCGACGCCGCUGGCAAGGUUGGCGAGCCCAUUCCCUCGUGCGAGAUCAAGCUGGCCGAUGUUCCUGACAUGAACUAUCUGCACACCGACAAGCCUUACCCGCGCGGCGAGGUCUGCAUCCGUGGCUCCAACCUUUUCUCGGGUUACCAUAACCUGCCCGACAAGACCAAGGAGGCUCUGGAUGAGGAUGGCUGGCUGCACACGGGUGACAUUGGCCAAUUUUUGGAGGAUGGCGCCAUCCAGAUCAUCGACCGCAAGAAAAACAUUUUCAAGCUGGCACAAGGCGAGUAUGUGGCUGCCGAAGAGCUCGAGGGCAUCUUCAAAAAGUCCAAAUAUGUGGGUCAGAUCUGGAUCUACGGCAACAGCUUCCACACUACGCUGGUUGCCGUCAUUGUGCCCGACGCGGACACGAUCAUGCCGUGGUGCAAGGAGCAGGGCAUCGAGGGCGACUUUGCCACCGCCACCAAGGAUGAGCGCGUUGAAAAGCUCAUCUCAGAUGACAUUCGUCGCAUUGCCAAGGCGGACAAGGUGGCCAGUUUCAAGGUGCCCCAGGAUGUGAUCAUUGAGAAUGAGAUCAACGACAUGCAACAGGGCUUCUCACCCGAGAACGACUGCCUCACGCCCACCUUCAAGCUGCGAAGGCCUCAGCUGCUCAAGCGCUACAAGGAGCAGAUUGAUGCCAUCUAUGAGAAGCGCGAUGGCAAGCCCGCCAAGCCGUAA